AGGAAGCUUGCGGAGCCGGAGUGGUCUCCCUACCUAUGGGCCUUUAGGAUUUGCGUCUCUGCAGGUGGAGCCUGAGUCUCCCGAGUUUUUCGGGCGCGUUUCCAGAGGGAAGUCCUUUAUAAAAAUCAUGAACGCUCCACAGCUGGCGAGCGAAGUAAUCUGAUGUCGACCCUGAUACUUGAUUGUGGUUUGCACGUGCCGCGGAAGCACUAGAACUCAGCACCAGAAAGGAAAGAUACACUAAUAGAAGGAACUCCCAGCACAUCCAAUCGAUGAGCGCAGGAAUCCUCAGCCUUGCUUGCCGGCCCCAGACGUCGUACUUCCGGUGCGCGCUCCCUGAGCCUGAAGCGGUCGCCAUAGCAACGGACCUUGGCAACUACCAAGUGUAGUAGUGAGGCCAGAGGCCACUGAGCCUCUCCAUCUCUGCGGCCAUGGCGGGAAGCCUCAGCGAUGUCCGUAAACUCUUUCUUUUUACGACCACCCAGAAUUACUUCGGACUGAGACCGGAGCUCUGGGACCAGACCCCGUUGAGCAAUUGCCCGGAGGUGAACAACUUCUUGGACGACGGGAACCAGAUGCUUCUUCGGGUGCAGCGGUCCGAUGCUGGGCUGGCCUUUUCCAACACGAUUGAUUUUGAUGACACAAAAGACAAAGUGCUGGUGUUUUUCAAGCUCCGACCAGAAGUAAUUACAGAUGGCAAUCUGCAUACCAACAUUCUUGUUUCCUCUAUGCUGGAAUCGCCUAUCAACUCCCUUUACCAAGCAGUGCGGCAGGUGUUUGCACCCAUGUUGCUGAAGGACCAGGAAUGGAGCAGAAACUUUGAUCCUAAACUUCAGAAUCUUUUGAGUGAACUAGAAGCUGGAUUGGGUGUAGUCCUACGAAAAUCAGAUACUAACUUACCCAAGCUGAAACUUAAGGAAGACGAUACUAGAGGUAUUCUCACACCAAGUGAUGAAUUCCAGUUUUGGAUAGAACAAGCUCAUCGUGGGAGCAAACAGAUUAGUAAAGAAAGAGCCAGUUAUUUUAAGGAAUUGUUUGAAACAAUUGCACGGGAAUUUUAUAACUUGGACAGUCUGUCCUUGCUAGAAGUUGUUGACUUGGUGGAGACAACUCGGGAUGUUGUAGAUGAUGUGUGGCGACAGACAGAGCAUGAUCAUUACCCCGAGUCACGCAUGCUGCAUCUGCUGGAUGUCAUAGGUGGUUCAUUUGGAAGGUUUGUUCAGAAAAAGCUGGGAAGCUUGAAACUGUGGGAAGACCCUUAUUAUCUCGUGAAAGAAAACCUUAAAGCUGGCAUUUCCAUUUGUGAACAGUGGGUGAUAGUCUGCAGUCACCUCACAGGCCAGGUCUGGCAGCGCUAUGUCCCUCAUCCAUGGAAAAGUGAGAAGUAUUUCCCAGAAACUCUUGACAGACUGGGCAAACGGCUGGAGGAGGUCUUGGCUAUUCGAACAAUUCAUGAGAAGCUCUUGUAUUUUUUACCUGCCAGUGAGGAGAGAAUUGUAUGCCUGUCUCGAGUGUUUGAACCUUUUACUGGCGUGAACCCUGUGCAGUACAAUCCUUAUACUGAGCCUUUAUGGAAAGCUGCAGUGUCUCAGUAUGAAAAGAUCAUUGCACCAGCAGAGCAGAAAAUAGCAGGGAAAUUAAAGAAUUAUAUUUCAGAAAUUCAAGAUAGUCCACAGCAGCUUCUCCAAGCAUUUCUAAAAUACAAAGAAUUGGUGAAGCGUCCCACCAUAAGCAAAGAACUGAUGUUAGAGAGAGAGACUUUACUGGCAAGACUUGGGGAUUCAGCUAAAGAUUUUCGAUUGGACUUUGAGAAUCGGUGCCGAGGAAUUCCCGGUGAUGCAUCUGGACCACUUUCUGGCAAAAAUCUCUCAGAAGUUGUGAAUAAUAUUGUUUGGGUUCGUCAGUUGGAAUUGAAGGUAGACGAUACUAUCAAGAUUGCAGAAGCACUUUUGUCUGACUUGUCAGGAUUUCGAUCUUUUCAUCGAAGUGCUGAAGAUCUCUUGGACCAGUUCAAGCUCUAUGAACAAGAGCAGUUUGAUGACUGGUCCAGAGAAGUGCAGUCGGGGUUGUCUGACUCCAGGUCAGGUCUGUGUAUUGAGGCCAACAGCCGAAUAAUGGAAUUGGAUCCUAAUGAUGGGGCAUUAAAAGUUCAUUAUUCUGAUCGCCUGGUGAUUCUUCUGAGAGAAGUCCGUCAGCUUUCUGCCCUAGGCUUUGUCAUUCCUGCCAAAAUACAGCAGGUUGCAAAUGUUGCUCAGAAGUUCUGCAAGCAAGCCAUCAUUCUUAAGCAAGUAUGAUAUCUUUGAAGAUGCUUUUGUUCUUGCUUAUU